AUACAUCACAACAGUCGGAAUGCCAAGACGAAGUUUGGUUGGUUUGUUUUAAAAAUUUUAACACAAAUAUUAAUCACAAGAGAUGUUAUAAACGCGAGAGGUGUACUGGAAUGACGGCCAUAGACCUUAAAGAACAAGGAAAUCGUCUUUUUAGCGGCAGGCAUUACGACGAUGCAGCGCAAUGUUAUACAAAGGCUAUUAUCAAAAAUCCAACAGUUCCAACAUACUUCACCAAUCGGGCUCUGUGUCAUCUCAAACUGAAGAAGUGGUCUCAGGUUAUAAGUGAUUGUCGACGUGCCAUAGAACUUGAUGUGAACCUGGUCAAGGCGCAUUUCUUUCUUGGGCAGGCACUCCUUGAACAAGAGAAUUAUGAUGAAGCACUUGCAAGUUUAAAAAGAGCAUAUGAUUUAGCCAAAGAACAGAAACUUAACUUUGGAGAUGAUAUUGCAAGUACAGUCCGUCUAGCUAAAAAGAAGAGAUUUAGUGUUGCAGAAGAAAGACGAAUUAGUCAGGAAAUAGAGCUGCAGUCAUAUUUGAAUAAUCUCAUCCUUGAUGAUAAGAAGAGGCAAAUGAAAGCUGCAGGAAAAGAUCCUGAUGAAGAAGAACUGGAUAAAAUUGAAUUGGAAUGUGAUAAGAGACUAUCAGAAGUAAAUAGCCUUUUUAAAGAAGUUGAUACCAGAAGAAAGAAAAGAGAGGUGCCAGACUUCUUGUGUGGACAAAUCAGUUUUGAACUCAUGAAAGACCCAGUCAUUACACCAAGUGGAAUCACCGUGUAGGCCAUUUUGAUCCUGUGACAAGAACAGAUUUGAAACAAGAACAGUUGACUCCAAACCUCGUUAUGAAAGAGGUCAUUGAUGCGUUUAUCACAG